AUGGCCAAGGACGAGGCAAAGAAGGAGAAGAAGUCGAAGCGCAAGUCCGAAGUGGCUGCCAUGGACGUUGACGCUUCCGUCGAUCUCUCCGCUACGCCCUCGAAAAAGUCCAAGAAGGACAAGAAGCCCAAGCACGACGAUGGUGACGAGUCGGACGAUUCGUCGGCCGAGGAUACGCUCGAGAUUUCGCCGAUCGCACAGCCGCUAGCUCAGCCCAAGGUGGCCAAGAAGCUGUUCAAGCUCACCAAGAAGGCGUCCAAGUCGCGCGGCCACGUCAAGCGCGGUGUCAAGGAGGUCGUCAAAGCCCUGCGCAAGGGUGAAAAGGGUCUCGUCGUUCUCGCGGGUGACAUCAGCCCGAUUGAUAUUCUCAGCCAUAUCCCGGUGCUGUGCGAGGAUACGUCGAACCCGUACAUCUUUGUGCGUUCCAAGGAGGCCCUCGGUUCGGCCAGCGCGACCAAGCGUCCAACCAGCUGCGUCAUGAUCGUCCCCGGUGGAGGAAAGAAGGCGGCCGCAAAGGGCAAGGAGGCAACAAAGCCCAAGGAGGACUACACCGAGGACUAUGCUGCGCUGCAUAAACAGGUGCAGACCCUCAGCGACCAGCCUCUCGCUAUAGCAUCAUCCCCCACGGCGCACUGGCCCGCGCAGUCGCAGCUGUCAAGGCGCGCCCAGAGAGCCACCUUGGCGCAAGUUCCAUCCGGAUGUGCCGCCGCGGCUGUCGGAGACUCGCGCGUCGUUGCUAGCAAACCCUACACCUCGCCACUGAACACCCCGCCGAGCAUCCAUGCCAAAGCCACCCCCAAAAACGAGCCCGCGCCACCACUUCAGCUUCAGCUUCAGCAAUAA